ACCACGAAUCAACAAUAUUCAUUCAUUCAUUCAUCCAUCAAUCAAUUCAGAGUCAGAUCCCAGUACAUACCUCAGGAGUGCAACAAAACCACAGAUUGCAACUCGGACUUUCCAACUCCAAUUCCAAUUCAACUUCUCCCCAAAUACCCGUCAAGGAUUGGAAUUCGAGCUCAAACAGUUCAUCAUAUUUCAUUCCAACCGCGUCUCGCUCGACGAGAGCAAGUUGAUUAGUGUAUUGCAUGGUAUAUACCGGCCAGGGUGUUUACACUCCAGUGACAUCAAUAUCUACAGUACCUACAACCACAUCACAUCCACGGCGUCGAAUCACAACACCUAAAUAUGCUUCCCCCAACACCAUCACCAUCGCCUCCGCCGGCGACCAGUAUGCCCUGCUCGGCAGCCAAACCAGCCACAACAUCGUCAACAGAAGAAGAGAUGACAUCCGCGCUCCGCGAAGCCCUAAUCUGCAGCAGCUGCACCACCAUCACCCGCAUCCCCGUAUCCACCUUUCGCGUCGACAUCGAAUCCGGGCGUUAUGACCCGUCUCGCGCCAUCCCGUUCCAAUCCACAUCGGACAAAGAUGCCGACCUUGCGCCAGAUGAGGUACCUCCUUUGCGGGAACCUUCAUCGGACAAUCAGGAAAAGGACGAGAUGGCUCUUGAAGGCAUCAACGCGGAGGGCCGGCAUGCUGCUCAGCACUCCCAGUACUCUGCUCACGGACAUGAACAGCAACAGCAACGCUACAUCAGCUACACGGAGCUCACGCCGCCGUCCACGCCGCCCUCGUCCAUCUCCGCACAGAGCCAUCUGUAUGAAGCUCUAAUUGCACAGUAUCUCCUCGACUCAGACGAUGAGAGCGGUAAUCAGGAUGUCGCUGUCGCGAGAUAUCGUGCGGACUACCAUAUCCAUGUGCACUACAUGCUGCGCCGGGGAGUGUUGAGUAUCUGCCGGGAUGGGAGGGAUGUCUAUGAGUUGAAAGGCUGGAAAGGGCGGUUGCACGCGGUGGACUCGGGACAGAUCGACCUGGAGCAACUCGAAACAAGGAUGAUGGAUUGGCGCGAUGGGAUCAGUGGGAAAGGGGGCGGCGGGGCUGCUGGGAAGAGUUUCGGAGGGUAUUACGCCUCCAAUCCCUAUCAGCCUUACUACCCAUCCUCGAGUCCGACAAUGGCGCUGCCGCGGACCCAGAGACUGGGCGCCUGGCCCGACGAUGCGAACCAGCUGAUGGCGUCACAGGUGGCGCUAUGGAGAAGACGGGGGCUGAGUCGGCAGAGGCGAGUCGAGGAUGUGCGCAUCCGGUGGGCUUUCAUCAUGGAGGAACGGAGAAGACAGCGGCUGGCCGCUCUGGCGCAGGCACAACAGAAGGCAACCAACAGCGUCAAGGUGAGGUUAUAUUGUUCGCAAGCUGGUGGGGACCGCAACCUCAUACGGGAGAUCGAGGUGGAUGGGAGAUCCUUUGGAGAUCUUAUCAGAUGAUCUUCGUCCGAGAGUGAUGGCCUCGAGGGAUGUGAAAGGGAAAACUUUUCCUGCUUCAUACAACUGUGACGAGAGAUAUUGAGCAUCGCUAGCACACGCACACAAACCGCUUCCUUGACACAAACCAAAAACAUGCAUAGUGAGUUAUGCAAGAAUCAGACAGACCAUUAACCCAAACGAAUGUAAGUAGGGUCUCUGUUUGCAAACAGCGGCAAUGCAAGUGCAAUGAGCCAGUCAAUCAUCGAGCAAAGCCACACUUAUUCAUUCCAGAAAGAAAACCGCUAUCAUGUAAGGAAG